AUGUUCGCCCGCGCGAUGCAAACCCGUGCCGCGUCGCGUGCAGUCGCAUCAGCCGCCCGCCGCACGCGACCAACCACCCUCAACGCGCCGACACCACCGGCGGCCAGGGCCGCCCUUCGAAGCUUCUCCAAGACCUCCGAUGCGGCGGCCAAGGGCCCCCAGCCCCGACCGGGCUUCGUGACGCGCAAGCUCCAGAUCCCCGUCGACCCGGCCGUGCCCCGCGAGCCCCUCGGCGAGACCGUCCCCGGCUCGCCCAUCGCCGUCCUCCGCACCGCCACCGGCAUCCGCGAUUGGGCCGCCCUCGCCUGCCGAGGCCGCUCGCCUGACGGCGAUGACCAGGGCCUCGCCCUCGUGCCCACAAUGGGCGCCCUGCACGAGGGCCACCUGCGCCUGAUCCGCGAGGCCGUGCGCCGCGGCCACAACAAGAUCGUCGUGAGCGUCUACGUCAACCCGGCCCAGUUCGGCGUCGCAGAGGACCUCGACAGCUACCCCAAGACAUGGGACGCCGACUGCGCCGCGCUGAGGGCGCUGUACGAGGAGCUGGGCGCCCAACAACCGCAUGGCCUCGAGAUGGCCGUCUUCGCGCCCACCACCCGCGAGAUGUACCCCUCGGGCUUCCCGGGCCAGGAGGUCGACUCGGACGGGAGCUUCGUGACCAUCACGCCCGUGGGCUCGGUGCUCGAGGGCCGGACGCGGCCCACCUUCUUCCGCGGCGUGGCGACCGUGUGCAUGAAGCUGUUCAACAUCGUGCAGCCGUCGCGCGUCUUCUUCGGCCAGAAGGACGUCCAGCAGACCGUCGUCAUCCGCAGGAUGGUCCGCGACUUCUGCAUGCCCCUCGAGCCGGUUGUCGUGCCCACCGUGCGGGACGGCGCCGACGGCCUCGCCCUGAGCAGCCGCAACGUCUACCUCGGCGCGAGGAGGCGCCGCGUCGCGCCCGUGCUGUACCGCGCGCUGAGGGCCGCCGAGGAGGCCUACCUCGCCGGCGGGGCCCUCGAGGCGGGCGAGGUCGUCCCCGCCGCGCUCAAGGUGAUCCUGGACACGCUGGACGCGCAAAAGGACCUGCCGCCCCACGAGGGCGUCCUGUUCCAGCUCGACUACAUAUCGCUGGCUGACCCGGACACGAUGGAGGAGAUCGAAGAGAUCGACCCGUCCAGGGGCGCCAUCCUGAGCGGGGCCAUCAAGAUGCUGCCUGUGUAUGCGCCACAGGAAGGCGAGGACCUGGGUCACAACGACGGGCCACCAGUGAGACUGAUAGACAACAUCAUCUUGCCGCCAAAGGCGUAG